GGUAGUGUUGUGAAAGUACUAAAUGUGAGUUCGUUAUUAUUAAAACACUUAUCAAAUUAAUUGUGCCUCAUUGAAUGCUGCAGGUCGACUGAUCACUUUGAAUACUAUUUACUCAAAGAAAGUCCAAUGAACCCUGAAGAAGCACCCUGGACAAAGGAAUACCAUUCUUAUUACAAUAUGAGAAUAUGCGGGUACAUGGACAUGGUGUGCUGCGUAGUGACGACGAUUUCCAACACUUUGAUCAUCAUAGUGUUCAAAAGGAACACCACCGCAUCACCUAUAAACACAAUCUUCAUUCACAUUGCCAUCACCGAAACACUGGCCAUCCUCAGCUUCUUACCUCGCUCAUAUCACGAAUAUUAUCGAGUGGACCGAUGUUCAAUCCAAAUUCAUCGAACACGUGAAUGGGAAGAAAUAUCUUUUCAUUCGUACAUAGUGGCAUUUGCGUUUCGCCACACGGUCGUUUGGCUCACGGUGAUGCUGGGAGUAUGGCGAUAUAUAGCAGUCGUACAUCCGCUGAAAAGAAGGCAUUGGAUCGAAAUGCGUGUAACGCAAAAAUUUAUAAUCGGAGCGUACAUUUUUGGAUUUAUAGUCACGAUACCACCUUACAUAUGCCUAGCAGUUCAACCAUCGAACGUACUAAUCGAUGAGGAAGGGUGUUAUGUAGCCUCGAAUUCAACCAUUGACCAUAAAAUCAACGACACCACAAUCUACGAAUUCAAAAUCCCACUUGAGAAUUAUCCUACCUUAUACACGUGCUUUACGAUCGGUUACGGGAUUCUGAUAAAAAGUCUGCCUGGAAUUGUUCUAACUGUGAUCAGCUACAGGUUAAUCGUCACCCUAAUCAGAGCACGAAAACGUCGAGCAUUAAUGGUUGUAAGCGCGAAUCGAACAGUCGUGGAAAAACAAACAGAUCGUACGACGAUAAUUUUGAUACUCAUACUGGCAUUAUUUAUAGCAUCAGAAAUUACUCACGGAAUAAGCGUCACAAUCACCGGAAUCGUGGGUCCAGGAUUUUUUUGGCGGCACUACUAUUACAUAAUGGAGAUAGCGAAUACCUUUGCGCAUAUUUCCGAGAGUUUGAAUUUCGUGUUCUAUUAUGGGAUGAGCAACCAAUUCAGGAAAAAUUUUAAGGCAUUAUUUAAAAGAAAUGACAAUAGAUCGUCUCACGAUGGACAGCACAUUAACCCAGUUGCUAAAACAGGUAUCACCGAGACAGAAUGUCUCGAAACCUUAACUUAGAGAUAUCUUAUUCAUAAAGUAAUUUGCAGUAAUCAGUUUCAAUUGCACCCGAUCGUAAUAAUUAUACCUAAGUACUAUGUAUGUAUAGAUACGUUUAAGUAAGUACAUAAGUUGAAUUAAUUACACCAA